GAUACUAGUUGUUGGAAUAACUUCCUGUGAGCACGUGUUGUUGUUGAUAUUCUAAACCUGGAACGUUUUUUUCGGUAAUCGAAAGAAACUAAAGUUACAAAAAUGGCAAAGAAAAAGACUAAAAUACCCAAGCCCGCCACUGGGAAAAUUGUGGAUCGUAUCAAUACAGCAAAUCACAGCAUGAACCCAGAUCGAGCUGCAAGGCCAAAAGGACAAGGUGGUGGUAAUCUUCGAACAAGAUCAACAAUCAAACGUCUUCGUAUGUACAAAUAUUUCAAACCAAAACGAGAUCGUAAAGGAAAAAUAGUACGUUCAGCUCCCUUUCAGUCAGUGUUAGCAUCAGGAACAGUUGCCAGAGUUGAGCCAGAUAGAAGAUGGUUUGGCAAUACAAAAGUUGUAACACAGAAUGCUCUUCAAGACUUUCAAGAAGAAAUGGCCAAAGUGAAGAAAGAUCCAUAUAAAGUUGUAAUGAAACCCUCAACAUUACCGGUUACAUUGCUAAAUGAAGUAGCUAAAUAUAAAAGAGUUCACUUAUUGGACACAGAAACAUUUGAAAAUACAUUUGGUAAACACUCCCACAGAAAAAGACCAAGUAUGAAAACUGGUGAUUUAGAAGCUAUGUUAAAUAAAGCAGAAGAAUUAGGAGAGAAGUAUGAUGUAACUAAAGACAAAGAUUUGAUGGUAGAGGAUGAUGGAAUGAGAAAAGAAGCUUUAGAAAUGAUCUUCAAAGCAGGCAGAUCCAAAAGAGUAUGGAGUGAACUUUAUAAGGUAAUAGAUUCAUCAGAUGUAGUUGUUCAAGUACUGGAUGCUCGUGACCCACAAGGCACCCGCUGUUAUCACGUAGAAAAUUACAUCAGGAAAGAAAAACAACACAAACAUAUUAUUUUUGUUUUAAAUAAAGUAGAUUUAGUUCCAGUCUGGGUUACGCAAAAAUGGGUGGCUAUUUUGUCAGCUGAACAUCCAACUAUGGCUUUCCAUGCUAGUAUAACUAAUCCAUUUGGUAAAGGAGCUCUUAUUAAUCUACUCAGACAGUUUGCCAAGCUUCAUAAUGAUCGUAAACAGAUAAGUGUAGGUUUUAUUGGUUAUCCUAAUGUAGGAAAGAGUUCUAUAAUAAAUACCUUAAGAGCUAAAAAAGUGUGUAAAGUAGCUCCUAUAGCUGGAGAGACUAAAGUAUGGCAGUAUAUUACUUUAAUGAGAAGAAUAUAUUUAGUUGAUUGUCCUGGUGUGGUUUAUCCAACUGGUUCAACACCAACAGAUUGUGUACUAAAAGGAGUUGUUCGUAUUGAAUAUGUGAAAUCACCAGAAGAUUAUAUACCAGCUUUAUUAGCACGAGUAAAAAAAGAAUAUGUCUGUAAAACUUAUAAAGUAGAAAGUUGGACAGAUUCAGAGGAUCUCCUUGAACAGAUUGCUAAAAGAUCAGGAAAAUUAUUAAAGAAAGGGGAUCCAGAUUUGCCAACUGUAGCAAAAAUGAUUCUUAAUGACUGGCAGAGAGGCAAAAUACCUUAUUUUGUUAGACCACCAGGGUCAGAGGAUUUUCAAAAGGAGAAUAAAAUAGCUGAAAAUACAAGUCAAGAUGUUAAAACAUCAACGAAAGUUAGUAAAGAUAAUGAUAAAAAAACAUCAUCAGAUAAUGACACAGGUGUGGAGCAAGAAGGUGUGAAGGACACAAAAGAAAAUAAUGAAUCUAAUGAAACAGAUAUAUCAGACACACUGUCAAAACCCCAAUUAUCUAUUCCUGGUAUUAAACAGAACUUUAGUAAGAUUCAUGUAGAGGCAGAAUUUCUUGAUGAAGAUAUCAAACCAGUUGAAUGUAAUGAUGGUGAUGAUGAUGAUGAUAAUGUUGAAGAAGAAGAUGAUAAUGAUGAUGAUAAAGACAAAUCAAUUGAUGAAAAUGAUGAGGAUGAUAAUGAAGAAGUUAAAGAAAUUGUAAAAACCAUUUACAAGAAACCUGUUCUAGAUACAUUAAAAAAGAAAUUACAUCAAAUGCAGCUCAACAAAGGUAUUGUUACGUCGUCAGCGUCCAAGUCGCGAUCUCGAUCACGAAAGAAUAAACAUCCAGCCAUUGUUCCUACCAGUGAGCAACCAGAAUCUAGUGACUUCAUAGCCUUGAAUAAAAAUAAACCUUUAAAAACAAACAGCAAAAAGAAAUCAGAUGUAUUUUCUAAUAUUUCUAUGGACAAUGUAAAUGAAGAAAGGUCAAAGGGCAAAGAAAUUGGAAGCAUUAGUGCUAAGGACAUUGAAAAUAGUAAGAGCAGUAGUAGAAGAUCAGCCAGAGUAGAAACAAGGACUACAGCUAGUGGUAAAAUGGUGAUAACAGUUGAUGAAUCUAGUGCUAAUAAUACUGAUGCUGAUAAUUUAUACGAAGUAGAUAAAAAAGGUAGUAAGAAACAAGAGACACCCAAGUCAAAUAAAACUUCACCUAGAAAGAGAAAACAUGAUGAUGAUGAAGAAGAAGAUGAAGAUAGUACUCCUAAAUUAAAUAGUAAACAGAGGAGGCGUAGAGAAAAAAUAUCUCGAUCAUCUAAAAUAGGUGUUCAUUAUUACCAAUCAGCUAAUGUUAAAAACAGAAGUAAUAGAAGAAAACAAUGAUGACACAAGAGUAAUCUAACAACAUUUAUAAUUGUGUAGAUUGAUUGUUCCUAAAGCUGAGUCUCUAGAUUCCUCUUUAAUUCAAUCAACUUGUUUUAUUUCUGGUCAAAUGGGAAAUUCAAGAUGAUAUAUUCAAAAACUUUAAAAGCAUAACUUAUUGAAAUUAAAUAAAGGAAUCCAGAUUCAAAUUUUGAUCAUAACACAAAGCGAGUCAGAUUUUCAUUCUGGAUCAUCCGGUCUAGAUAAAUGUUUAAGAAUAAUAAAUACACUCAAAUAUUGUUGUUAGUUGAGAUGAGAGAGAUUAAUCUGAGCUCUUUUGUAUUAGGAUAGGCUUGAUCACUCUAGCCUAAAUGGUUUGCCUGCUUCAACAGCAACAAAUAUCUGUCAAUGAUGGACAAAAUAGAAUCAAUAGGUCUUACAAUUUAGUUGCAACUAAAAAUAACCCUCUCCCUGGUAAAAAUUUCAGUGUGUCAUUUGUAUCAAAUUUUCCAUGACAUAAUUCAAUCUAAAAUGUACUCAGAUAUAUAAAAACAUUAGUGGUAGACAAUCUCGCUCAGGCCCAUCAAAGGAUUCAGAGUUGGAUUGUGUUGUCUGCAAUGGAUGCUGAUUGUUUACAAAUUUUGAAUUCAUAUCUUUAUAAAUACUGAACAGAAUAUUAGGCCAUUUUUGGACUGAUAUUCCCUUUACUUUUACAGACUCAACUUAAACAAUCUCUAAAUGUUCAGAGACAUUACGUGAACUGUAUAAGGUUACAACCAGGCUGCCAGUUACCAUAACACAGAUGCUGUUUUGUCCAUAAUAUUUAUUGUAACUGAAUCAAAGACAGUUUAAGCUGGAGUUACCGAAACUAAUUUUACAUAAAUACACAGCUUGUGUACUCUAUGCAUUGUUUUGUUAUUGAUUAAAUGUAAUUUUGUUAGAGGUAUUAUUAAUUGGAAAGUCUCUGAGCAUCAUUUGAAGGGUUGAAGAAUCUCUUGCAGAGAACAAUAUUGGGAAAGUUGGAGCUCUAAAAAGGAAUAUUGGUCCAAAAAGGCUUGAAUUCUGCACAGAGCAUAUAAACAGGAUAUGGUCAGAAGCCAGUGCCACCUUUAAAAUUUAAUCUUAGCUAAAAUCUUUUGAUGGGCCUCUGUUCAAUCUGAAUGAAUUUAAUUUGCUAGAUUAUCUACAUAUGAUAUUUUUAUUUUGUUUUCUUAAUGACAUGUUAAAUUGCAUUUUAACACAGAUACAGUCAUGGAAAAUUUGAUAUUUUUCUUAAAAAUGCAAUUGACGCACAGAGACUUGAAUUAUUAUAUUGUUGAUAUAAAUGAAAUUGUUGAAUUAUCUUCAUGUAAAUAAAAUGAAAUAUAUUCAGAGCAAUGAUUAUU